CGGGCGCCCGAGGCGGAAACCCCAUGGGGAACGCUCCGAGUCACAGCAGUGAAGACGAGGCGGGAGCCGCCGGGGGCGAAGGCUGGAGCCCGCACCAAGACUGGGCCGCGGACUCCGGCACGACCCCCGGCCCGGGCCCCGCGGCCCCGGCGCUGCCCCCGGCCGCGGCUCUGCUGGAGCCGGCUCGGCUGCGAGAGGCGGCGGCUGCGCUGCGGCCCACCCCACCCUGCGAGUCUCUGGUGUCUAGGCACCACGGCGCGCUGUUGCGCUGGCUGGAAGAACGGCUGGGCCGCGGCGAGGAGUCCGUCACCCUGGAGCAGUUCCGGGAGGUGCUGGAGGCUCGUGGCGCCGGCUGCUCGGGCGAGCAGUUCGAGGAGGCCUUCGCCCAGUUUGAUGCCGAGGGUGAUGGUACCGUGGAUGCUGAGAACAUGCUGGAGGCCCUCAAGAAUUCCAGUGGAGCUAAUCUUCAGGGGGAGCUGAGCCACAUCAUCAGACAACUGCAAGCCUGUUCCCUUGUUCCAGGUUUCAUAGACAUAUUUUCAGAGUCCAAGGAGGGGCUGGAUGUUCACUCGUCAAUGAUUCUGCGCUUCCUGCAUCGCAAUCGGCUCUCGAGCACCGUCGUCCCCUACCCCAUGUUGGACCACUGCAAUAACAUGUGCACUAUGAGGGCUUCUGUUCUGAAGGAGUCUCUGGAUCAACUGGUACAAAAAGAAAAGGAGAGCCCUGGAGACCUGACUAGAAGCCCAGAGAUGGACAAACUCAAGUCGGUAGCAAAGUGCUACGCUUAUAUAGAAACAUCCUCCAACCCUGCAGACAUUGACAAAAUGACAAAUGGAGAAACAUCAUCCUACUGGCAAUCAGAUGGCAGUGCUCGCUCACACUGGAUUCGUUUAAAAAUGAAGCCAGAUGUUGUGCUUAGGCACCUGUCCAUUGCAGUGGCUGCCACUGACCAGAGCUACAUGCCGCAGCAGGUGACAGUAGCCGUGGGGAGGAGUGCCAGCGAGCUUCAGGAAGUCCGCGACGUGCACAUUCCCAGCAAUGUCACUGGCUAUGUGACACUGCUGGAAAAUGCCAACAUCAGUCAGCUCUAUGUCCAGAUUAACAUAAAGCGUUGUCUUAGUGAUGGAUGUGACACUAGAAUUCAUGGUCUGAGGGCUGUUGGCUUUCAGAGAGUUAAGAAGUCUGGGGUCUCAGUCUCAGAUGCUUCUGCAAUAUGGUACUGGUCUCUGCUGACAUCUCUGGUGACGGCUUCCAUGGAGACAAAUCCUGCCUUUGCCCAGACAGUGCUGCGCAACACUCAGAAGGCAUUGCAGCACAUGCCUCCACUUUCCCUCUCACCAGGAUCUACAGAUUUCUCAACUUUCCUGUCUCCCAACGUUCUGGAAGAAGUGGACAGCUUCCUCAUAAGGAUAACUAGCUGCUGCUCCACUCCAGAGGUGGAGUUGACGCUUCUGGCUUUUGCACUAGCAAGAGGAAGUGUUGCCAAAGUGCUGAGCUCUCUGUGUACUGUCUCUGAUCACCUGGACACGCACUACGACGCCGCUUCCCUCAUCUCUUCCAUGGCGUCGGUCAGGCAGAACUUGCUCCUUAAAUACGGUAAACCUCUCCAGUUGACUCUUCAGGCCUGUGAUGUCAAGGGGAAGGAAGAGAAGUCAGGACCUGAAAACCUCCUUGUUGAGCCAUGGACAAGGGAUGGUUUUCUUACAGAGACUGGAAAAACCAGAGCAAGUACUAUUUUUUCUACAGGAACUGAAUCUGCCUUCCAAGUUACUCAGAUCAGAAUUAUGGUUCGACGUGGUGGCAUCGGUGCCCAGUGUGGGUUGGUGUUUGCCUAUAACUCACCUUCUGAUAAAUUUCAUGCAGAAGAACACUUCAAAAGGUUUGAAAAAUAUGACAAGUGGAAGCUUCAGGAAUUCAGGCAAUUUGUAAAAAGCAGGGUUGGUUGCUCGCCAGAUGACCUUGGAGAGGAUGAUCCUGUGGGCUGGUUUGAGCUGGAAGAAGAGUGGGAUGAAGCCGAUGUCAAGUUACAACAGUGCAGAGUUGCCAAAUACCUGAUGGUGAAGUUCCUCUGCACCCGCCAGGAGUCGGCAGAGCGCUUGGGGGUCCAGGGCUUGAGCAUCAGUGGCUACCUCCGGCCUGCAAGAGCAGAAGCAGAGCAGAGCAUCGUCUGUGCCCACUGCAGAAAGGACGCGGAGGAGAGCGUGUGUGGCGCCACACUGCUCCUCAGGACCCUGCAGUUCAUCCAGCAGCUUGCCCAUGACCUGGUACAGCAGAAGGGAAGUGGCUUAAAAUAUAAAUCUUUUCUGGACUUCACGGGUCUUGAUUUGCAGAUCUUCUGGAAUUUUUACAGUAAAUUAAAGGAAAACCCAAGGGAAGAGUGUGUCUGUGCACAAACCCUGCUUCUGCAGCUCCUCCAGAGCUGCUUCUCCGUGCUGCAAGGAGACGUGCCGGCCGCCUCCGAGGAUGCCAAGGCCCCACGCCAGAGCCCUGGGCAGGUGGAGGCCGCCAAGGAGCUCUACGCGCACUUAUGCGAUGUGGUCGAUAGGGUAGAUGGAGACUCUGUGCCCAUGGAACUACUGAAACAAGAAGUCAGGAAUACCCUUCUCAAUGGGGCUGCCAUCUUCUUUCCCGAUCGACAGACCCGGCGGAACCAUCUCUUCACCAUGAUGAAUGUCACUGCAGAACACAAGCAAUCCCUGCAGCUCACUUUCCGCUCACUGUGCACAUAUUUUAGUGAUAAGGAUCCAGGCGGCCUCCUGCUGUUACCUGAGAAAGGCGACCUGGCGGACACGGACCUCAGCGAGGUGCUGGCGGUCACGCGCACUCUGCUCUCCGUUGCCGCUCGGGAGUGUGAGCUGUUGAUGCUCGAUGGGGCCCAAGGGGAGGUGGGCUCUGUGCUCUUCUCCCUGUUCUGGUCCGUCCAAGGCAGCCUGCUCUCCUGGUGCUACCUGCAGCUGAAGAGCACGUACUCUGGAGCCAAAGAUCUUGCCGUCGACCUUAUUGAAAAAUAUGUGGGACAGUUUCUGGCAAGCAUGAGAGUGAUUUUGGAAUCCCUCCUGUCCCAGUACAGUGGGAAAACCAUAGUGGAAAAAUUAUGUAAUUCGGUGUUUUCAAUGGCAGCUCGUCAACUGGUGAUCUUCCUGCUGGACUUUUGUACAUUAGACAUUUCACACUGCACACUCCUGAGAGAGUUCAGCGCCCUGACAGAGCUGUUGAAGGAGCUCUGCAGUGACCCCGACGGAGGACUGAACAAGCUGGAUGUUGAGACUUGGCAACAGGAACGUCCUGUGGUGUUGCAUACAUGGACCAAGGAGUCUGCCCACAACUAUGAAAAUAAUUGCCACGAGGUGUCUGUCUUUGUUAGCCCCGGGGCAACCUAUUUUGAGGUGGAAUUUGAUGAGAGAUGUGAAACUGAAAAAAGGUAUGACUAUCUGGAAUUCACUGAUGCCAGAGGUGGGAAGACACGCUAUGACACAAAAGUUGGCACUGAUAAAUGGCCCAAGAAAGUGACCUUCAAGGCUGGUCCCCGGCUGCAGUUUCUCUUUCACUCCGACAGCAGUAACAAUGAGUGGGGCUACAAAUUCACGGUCACUGCCUACGGCCUGCCUGAUGUUGCUGUGUCUUGGGGGUUGGAUUUGCAACUCCUUGUUUCCCGGCUGAUGGGCCGCCUCGCUUCCCAGUGCAUGGCCCUCAAGUCUGUGCAUCAGUUAGGAAGUAACGUGGCGAUACCUCAGGCAAAAAUGGCAUUAGUCCUCAACUCUCCCUUGUGGAAACCUGUCUUCAGGCACCAAAUACGUCCAGAGUUGGGAUUAGAAGCAAGCUGGCCCACUCACCCACACCAGGAUAAUAAGGAGGUUAAGAACAUCCCCGAUGAUCCCUGCCACCAAUUUCUUCUUGACUUUGCACAGUCAGAUCCUGCCCAGAACUUCUGUGGGCCAUAUUCAGAACUUUUCAAAGGAUUCAUACAGGCAUGUAGAAAACAGGCCCCAAAGACAGAUAUAGUUGCUGGUUCCACUAUUGAUCAAGCUGUGAACGCCACCUUUGCUGCUCUGGUGUAUCGCACUCCAGACUUAUAUGAGAAGCUGCAAAAAUAUGUAAAUAGUGGGGGCAAGACAGCCCUGAGUGAGGAGUUUGCACAGGUGUAUUCCUUGGCAGAUGGGAUUCGAAUAUGGAUGUUAGAGAUGAAGCAGAAGUCCCUGAUGAGCCUGGGGAACGAGGCAGAAGACCGACGUGGGUCAGAAGCUGCUGAGGCGAACCCCGAGAGCCUGGCGAAGGAGUGUAUUCAGAAGAGUCUUCUGUUACUAAAAUUUUUGCCCAUCGGUGCAAGUUCAAAGGAGAGCUGCGACACGCUGGUGACUGCAGAUGAGACGGAUCACCUGCAGCAGCCACGGGACCGGCGCCAGAGGACGGGCUCUGUGGCCGGAGAGCAUUUCCAAGCCUCCGGCUCCCCCACCGAAGCAGCGCCCCCGGCCGCGGGAGACAGGAGUCCUGGCUUGGGGGUCCAGCUGCCGCCGCCGCCCAGCAGUGGCCCUCCUGCGGCGGACGUGUCCUCUGCCACAGCCGAAGAGCCCUCGUCCCCUUCCACCCCGACCCGGCGGCCUCCCUUCACCCGCGGGCGGCUGCGGCUGCUCUCCUUCCGCUCGAUGGAGGAGGCCCGGCCGGCGCCCGCAGUGAAGGAGCGGUACCCGGUGCUGCGGGACGUCAUGGACUUCGUCAAAGACCAGGCGCUCUCGCCCGAGAGUGUUGUCAAGGUUCUUUCCCUGAGGAAGGCCCAGGCCUGCAGCAUCCUCGAGGUCCUGAGGAUCGCCCAGUGUUGCUCCGAGUCCCUCGGGCAGCCUCACUGCUUCCACCCGCCGUACAUACUCUUCCUGCUGGAACUUCUGACCUGCCAGAAAGACUUUACCAAUUAUUUUGGACACUUGGAGGGCUGUGGUGCAGAUCUACACAAAGAAAUUCGAGACACUUACUAUCAAUUUGUUCUGUUUUUGGUCAAAGCUGUUAAAGGAUUCGGUAGCCUAAAUGACAGGUCCUUGUUGCCUGCCUUGUCCUGUGUCCAGACGGCCCUGCUUCAUCUUUUGGACAUGGGCUGGGAGCCCAGUGAUCUUGCCUUCUUCGUGGACAUUCAGUUACCAGAUCUCCUCAUGAACAUGUCACAAGAAAACAUAAGUGUCCACGACAGUGUGAUCAGCCAAUGGAGUGAAGAAGAUGAGCUUGCUGAUGCCAAGCAGAAUUCAGAAUGGAUGGAUGAGUGUCAGGAUGGCAUGUUUGAGGCCUGGUAUGAAAAAAUAGCCCAGGAAGAUCCAGAGAAGCAGAGGAAAAUGCACAUGUUUAUUGCUCGCUACUGUGACCUGUUAAACGUGGACAUCUCCUGCGACGGCUGCGAUGAGAUCGCCCCCUGGCAUCGCUACCGGUGUCUGCAGUGCAGCGACAUGGACCUCUGCAAGACUUGCUUCCUAGGUGGUGUGAAGCCUGAGGGCCAUGGAGAUGACCACGAAAUGGUCAACAUGGAAUUUACGUGUGACCACUGUCAGGGUUUGAUCAUAGGUCGGAGGAUGAAUUGCAACGUGUGUGAUGACUUUGACCUUUGCUAUGGAUGCUAUGCGGCCAAGAAAUAUUCCUAUGGCCACUUGCCUACGCACAGCAUCACUGCCCAUCCGAUGGUGACCAUCCGGAUCAGCGACCGCCAGCGGCUCAUCCAGCCCUACAUCCACAACUACUCCUGGCUGCUCUUCGCCGCCCUGGCUCUCUACAGCGCCCACGUGGCCAGCGCAGAGGAUGUGGACGGCGAGAAGCUGGCUCCCCAGGCCCGCAGGAGUGCCGCCGCCCUGCGGAGCCGGUGCAUGCAGCUCGUAGGGGACUGUCUGAUGAAGGCGCACCAGGGUAAAGGUCUUAAGGCGCUAGCUCUUCUUGGUAUUUUGCCUGAUGGCGACUCUCCUCCAGAAAAUCAGGCCCCGCCAGUCACCGCGCCCACUGGAACAGCAGAGGAGCAGCGGGAGAAGGCGGCCGCGCAGGCUGCUGCAGCGCCGGCUGACGCAGGCCCUCUUGCGCACUGCAGCGGUAAGAGAGAUGUUCCCAAGGAAGUCAGGCCUUUGGAUCCCAAGCAGAGAAGUAAGGCGGAUGAAGGUGUCUCAUUAAUGAAGGAGCCCUCCUGCCGCACUCAGACUUCAGACGCAGCUGCAGAUGCCUGCACACCUACAGGACUUCCAGAUGCUGAAAAUUCAGAAGCAUCAUCUCAGAAACCCAUGGAGGAAAAAGCAGUUACUCCAAGUCCUGAGCAGGUGUUUGCUGAGUGUUCCCAGAAGAGGAUUUUGGGGUUACUAGCAGCCAUGUUACCUCCCCUAAACUCGGAUCCCACAGGGCCCCUGAUAGACCUGGAGCACGUGCUGCCGCUCAUGUUUCAGGUCGUCAUCUCCAACGCAGGCCACCUGAACGAAACCUACCACCUCACACUGGGUCUGCUUGGCCAGUUAAUCAUCCGGCUUUUGCCAGCGGAGGUAGAUGCCGCAGUGACCAAGGUCCUCUCAGCCAAACACAACCUGUUUGCGGCAGGAGACAGUUCCCUCGUGCCUGAUGGCUGGAAGACCACCCACCUGCUCUUUAGCCUGGGAGCCGUCUGUCUGGACAGCCGGGUGGGCUUGGACUGGGCGUGCUCCAUGGCAGAGAUCCUGCGGUCCCUCAACAGCGCCCCUCUGUGGCGUGACGUCAUUGCCACCUUCACAGACCACUGCAUCAAGCAGCUGCCUUUCCAGCUGAAGCACACCAACAUCUUCACCCUGCUUGUGCUGGUCGGCUUCCCCCAGGUCCUCUGUGUAGGGACCCGCUGUGUGUAUGUGGAUAAUGCCAAUGAACCACAUAAUGUGAUCAUCUUGAAGCACUUUACUGAGAAGAACAGGGCUGUGAUCGUCGAUGUCAAAACCCGCAAGAGGAAAACAGUGAAGGACUACCAGCUGAUUCAGAAAGGCGGAGGACAGGAGGGCAGUGACGCCCAGGCCCAGCUGAGCCAGUACUCCCAGCACUUUGCCUUUAUUGCCAGUCACCUUCUGCAAACCAGCGUGGACAGCCAUUGCCCUGAGGCAGUGGAAGCCACAUGGGUCCUGUCCCUGGCCCUCAAAGGGUUAUACAAAACCCUAAAGGCUCAUGGUUUUGAAGAGACUCAGGCUACCUUCCUUCAGACUGAUUUGCUGAAGCUGCUGGUGAAAAAGUGCAGCAAAGGGACAGGCUUCAGUAAAACGUGGCUCCUCCGGGACCUGGAGGUUUUGUCCAUCAUGCUGUACUCCUCAAAAAAGGAGAUCAACACUCUGGCCGAGCACGGGGAGCUGGAGCCGGAUGAGCGCGGGGACCAGGAGGAGGAUGUGGAACGGUCGGUCAGCAGCCCUGGGGAGCCAGAGCAGAAGAAGCUGGACCCUCUUGAAAGCCUGGAUGAGCCCACCAGAAUCUGUUUCUUGAUGGCUCACGACGCCCUCAAUGCCCCUCUGCACAUUCUCCGGGCCAUCUAUGAGCUGCAGAUGAAGAGGACCGACUCCUUCUUCCUGGAGGUUCAGAAGAGGUUUGACGGAGACGAGCUCACCACGGAUGAAAGGAUUCGGACCCUGGCUCAGAGGUGGCAGCCCAGCAGGAGUCUGAGGCUGGACGAGCAGAGCGCCAAAGCCGUGGACACAGACAUGAUUAUCUUACCGUGCCUGUCCCGGCCCGCACGCUGUGAGCAGGCCACCGCCGAGUCCAACCCCGUGACCCAGAAGCUGAUCUCCAGCACCGAGAGUGAACUGCAGCAGAGCUACGCCAAGCAGCGGCGCAGCAAGAGCGCCGCCCUCCUGCACAAGGAGCUCAACUGCAAGAGCAAGAGGGCCGUCAGGGACUACCUCUUCCGCGUGAACGAGGCCACCGCCGUCCUGUACGCCCGCCAUGUGCUCGCGUCCUUGCUUGCCGAGUGGCCCGGGCAUGUGCCGGUGAGUGAGGACAUCCUGGAGCUGAGCGGCCCUGCCCACAUGACCUACAUUCUGGAUAUGUUCAUGCAGCUGGAGGAGAAGCACCAGUGGGAGAAGAUCCUGCAGAAGGUGCUCCAAGGCUGCCGAGAGAACAUGCUGGGGACCAUGGCCCUGGCUGCCUGCCAGUUCAUGGAGGAGCCAGGAAUGGAGGUGCAAGUGAGGGAGUCGAAACACCCGUAUAACAACAACACCAACUUCGAGGAUAAAGUUCACAUUCCUGGUGCCAUCUACCUCUCAAUCAAAUUCGAUCCUCAGUGCAAUACGGAGGAAGGCUGUGACGAACUGGCCAUGUCCAGCAGCAGUGACUUUCAGCAGGAUCGACACAAUUUCAGCGGGUCCCAACAGAAGUGGAAAGAUUUUGAGCUUCCAGGAGACACUCUGUAUUACCGCUUCACCUCCGACAUGAGCAACACCGAGUGGGGCUACAAAUUCACUGUGACGGCUGGACACCUGGGGCGAUUCCAGACAGGAUUCGAGAUUCUGAAGCAGAUGCUGUCGGAAGAAAGAGUUGUGCCACACCUCCCACUGGCCAAGAUUUGGGAAUGGCUGGUGGGAGUGGCCUGUCGCCAGACUGGUCAUCAGCGGUUAAAAGCCAUCCACCUACUUCUGAGGAUUGUGCGAUGCUGCAGCCACAGCGACCUCUGUGACCUCACGCUGCUGAAGCCCCUGUGGCAGCUCUUCACCCAAAUGGAGUACAGCCUGUUUGAGGACGUGACCCAGCCUGGCAUCCUGCUGCCCUUGCACCGGGCCCUCACCGAGCUCUUCUUCGUCACUGAGAACCGCGCCCAGGAGCUCGGCCUGCUGCAGGAUUACCUGCUGGCCUUGACCACCGACGACCACCUUCUCCGCUGCGCGGCACAGGCUCUGCAGAACAUCGCUGCCAUCAGCCUGGCCAUCAACUACCCGAACAAGGCCACUCGCCUCUGGAAUGUCGAGUGUUAGCCCUUGGUGUGGCGUGCACGGAGACAGAUAAUCUGUCCACGAGGAUCUUAGAGCAGCUGCCUGAACUCAUUCGGGAAGACUCCCGUGGCGUCGGCGCCUGGCUCUCCUUGUGCACUCCUCUUCCUCCGACUCGAAUGCUAAGCAGCCACGUCUCCAAGAACUUCCCGUGUCACAGGCGAGGCACCCGCACAUACCAUAGCAUGUGAGAAUAAGCAGAGCCGUGCAGAAUCAUCAAAAAGGCCAGGCAGGAGGCCCUUGAAAAGGUUGCUCAGAGACCUGCCUCCUCCAGGGUCUGUCCCUGCAGAAGCCAAAGCCCCAGGAAGGCCUGGCCAUAGCUGCACAGGAAAGGGCUGUCUCCUUUGAGCUGGACCUGUCUGCACUUGCCCUUCAGGGGCGAUGGCGUCUGCCCAGAGCUGCCUUCCUCAGCAGAACCUCCAGCAGCAGCGGCCCACCCUGGGAGCUCCUCUUUUGCUUUUGCUUCUUGAGGCUGGUCUCCAAACCCAAACCGGUGGAAGCCCCUCCUGGUUCCCACCUGGUCCCCAGCAUUCAGUCCGGGACCCACUGCCGCACUAGCCCCUGCGUAGCCACAGCGUCCCAGAGAAAUCCUUGGUGAGAAAAGUGCCCUUGGGAACAGCCAGCAGCCACCGUGCGCGUCCAUCUGUGCACUGCUCCCGGCACAGGCCCAUUUUUUUAGUUGUUGUUUUAACUUGUUUAGUUUCCACCUCAUGUUUUUAGAAAGAACCACCUUGACUCCCCUGAGAGGGCCUCGGGGGGUGACCGUCGGUCCGCCGUGCAGGGGGACAAACUGGCUCAUUUGACAGUCGCAGAACUUGAAUAUGCUUUGGCUUCGGUACCUAAAGACUUGACAUGUAAUCAGAGGAGAUCUUAUUUUAGAAGUAAAAAAAAACAAAAAAAAAAAAAAAAAAACCAAAAACCACCACACGAUGAUGUUGUUUCUGCUCCAUGGUCGUGGUCAUCCAUCACGUCCACCUCUGGGACUCUCCGUGGUUCUUUAGCUGUCACUUGUUUAGCAAUAACUACAUUAGUUCUAAUGAAUGCUCUUUUCCAUGUUGCUUUUUACGGUUGUAGUCUUACCCUGAAGUGCUGAUUAUUCUCUUGCCAAAGCCACGCUGUGGCGUGCAAGGCUGGGUUGGCCCAUGGGCUAUGGAUAAGCCUCCGUGGGACUCGUCACUUGCAGACUGCCUGAGGCAGCUGCCAUUUAAGCAGGGGGGAGUCUGGGCCUGAGCACGUCCCCCACAGAGGGCCAACCCCAAGCGCAUCACAGCCAGGGCCAAGCUGAGCGGGCCAGCACUGCCACGGCCUUGGAGGCCCCCUCUUUGGGGCCCAGGAGCUUCCUCCUGCAAGAGCCCUUUUUUCUUCUGGGUCGGGAGGCCAGGGUGCAGCACCCUUCUGCAGCCCUAGAAGUGGAUUCUGAGCCUGGCCCCACCCUGCCUGUGGAGCCGUUGUGGAAGGGAGAAUUCAAAGGAGACAGAAACAAAUAGGACAGGUCCUGAAACUCAGUCACCUGAAGCCCGUCGCCCGGAUGUCAGCAAGGCCCGGGCAGCCCCGUCUCCCAGAGGGUCGGGGUGUGAGGAGACAGGCGCUGCCAGCUUGGUAGAAACCCCUCUCUCAUCUUCGGUUCUGCCCGCAUCCCAGAGAAGGCCCCGCGCUCUGUGCCGCCAGGCGGGUCUCCCGUCGAGGAGGGAAGUCCCGGAGAAGAGCCGCGCUUGGGAGGAGAGGAGAGGUGUGCGCCGCGGCCGCAGGCUCGAGCUGGGCUGCCGGCAGGUACAUGCGCGGAGCUGGGGCUCUGGCGGCUCCCCCUCGCCUCUCAUACCUCAGACGGACAGCAGAGCAGGGACCCAGGGGCAGGACAGGGGUCACACCCCUCGUGGCAGCGGCCACCAGCGUUGCUCCCCAUUCUUCCACCAGAGGAUAAACUACGUAACCGCGGGAUUCCUCGUGGCUUCUGCCUGUACACCGCCCUUGCUCUUCUGGUCUCUCUGGAUUCAGUUUGCAUAGAACAAGCCUCGGUUUUCCCUUCGUGCACAACUGCUGCUCUCGCCCGGCAGGGCCCCACCCAGCCCGGCACCCCGGCACCCCUGCACCCUGCCUGCCUCUGCUUCCAGCCACUGGGUGGCGCUGCCGAACCAGGCCCCGCUCCCCUGGUCCUCAGCCGGGGGCCAGCAGCUUCUGCAAGUGAAUUCCGUCAAGACCAUCAUCCCUCUGAUCCUUCUCAGGAGGUGGGACUGCCUGGAAUGAGAUGAAACUGGCAGGAAUGAAGGUGUGGAAACAUGUGCCUAAUCUCUAAAGAAAUCUGUUCCAAACCAUGUAUAUUGUACAGACAGACGCUGUUCCUCAUGAGGAGUGACUUAUUUUCAUCAUCGUUUUUAAUUUGUUUUCUUACGGGUUUUCGAUUUUGAAUUUUUCUUAUUUGGUUGAAAGAAAGAAUUUUGAUUAUAUCAGCUGAGUGAGUUCAGCUUGUAAAAAGGAUGUUAAGCUGUGGGUAAAAUAUGCAGAUGAAGAGAAAUAUAUUGUACAAAUUCUAUAUAAAA